AUUUUCUUUAUCUAGAUAUAAAUCAGCUAUAUAUUUAUAUAAAACCUCAUAUUGUAAAUUUUAUAUAUUUGAACUGAAAACUAUAAAAAAAAUGUCAAAAUCACGGAGCAAAAGCCCUGAUUUGAAUUCAGUAAAAAAAACGAAACACAGCAAGCAUAGUAGUAAAAGCAGUAAACGAUCGAGGUCGCGAUCACGGGAACGCCAUUCCAGUUCACGACAUCGUGAUCGAUCAGCGGAAAGAAAACGUCAUCGUGGUUCCAGGUCGAGUUCUCGAAGGUCCCGAUCAAGGUCACGAUCAUAUGAGCGUGUCGAUAUGUUUGGCCGAGCUAUCAGCAAGCGAACUGCUCAAGAAGAAAAGAAACGAAGAGAGGAAGAAGAAGUCCGAGCAGAAAUGGAACGACAAAGAGUAAUACGUCAGAAGGAACUUGAGGAGAAAAAGAUUGAAGAAGAAACGGCCAAACGAGUGGAAGCUCUCGUCGAGAAACGAGUCCAGGAAGAAUUGGAAAAACGGAAGGCAGACAUAGAGGCCGAGGUUGCAAGACGUGUCGAAGUGAUGAAGACUGAAAUGGAAAAGAAAAUGAUAGAGGAACUAGAACGCCAGCGUCUCGCAGAGAUUAAAGCAAAACAAGAUAUGGAGAAUCAAGAGGAAAAGAAAAGGGAAGAAUUGGAGAGAAUUAUGGAAGAAAAUAACAAAAAAAUAGCUGAAGCACAGAAAAAACUGGCUGAGGAACGUCUGGCAAUGGUCGAAGAACAGAGACUCAUGCAUGAAGAAAGAAUGAAAAUGAAUGAGGAAAGGAAAAAACAGAUCAAACAAGAUCAGACAAUAAUUUUGGGAAAGAAAAACUCAAGACCGAAGCUUUCAUUCAGUCUAAAAUGAAUUUACCUCGUUUUUACAGACUUUACUAUUUUACAAACCAGCAUUGCCCAAAGAGAAUGUGCCAUUUUGUUCUUGAGACAUAGCUGGAUAUGUUUUAUCCUUGUAGGGGAGAGUAUCAUUGAAAGAGAUUUGCAUAUUCAUUUUGGAAGGAAGAUAGGGGCUUCUCACCUUCACUUUGGAGCAAAGAUCCGAUCGACUGAUUCUUAAAGGAGCCACCAUUCUUUAUGCUUCCCUCCGUGGUGUAUACCAGUCUAAUUCUAGUAGUCAUUAUGUUAACCACAUGAGCAAGCUAUACUCUGUGCUUUACUCUCCUUGAGAUAGUGGCCUCCCCUCAUUUUUGGAAGGUCACAAAUUCUUUCGAAUCAUCAGCCUUGUUUACCCAAUUUCUUACACCUUGGGGUGAAUAUGGGGUUAAAAAGAGAGAUUUUUGUGCUGUGAUGGAAACAAAGUUCGGCUCCAUCAUUACCCAGUAGGGCAUCUCGACCAUACCAUGUCUUUAGCAUAUGGCAGAUCUCUUUGGUCCCUUCACCAUUUCGAAUAGAUCUAGAUCAGAGAUGUGCAACGUGUGACCUGUGUGCCACAAUCUGGCCUGCCAAGCCAUUUUGUGUGGCCCUAGUCAACACUCGGAAUUUUCCCCAUCAAGCAUAAUAUGAUAAUCCGACAAUUUAUGUUUAAAAAUAUGCUCACAUCGGUAAAAUUACUUUUUCAUUUGUUAAAUUUUCCCCCGUAUUUCCUUUAUUACCGUAAUUCGUUGCGUACACGGAAAAACUAAUUUUUUUUGUGUGGCCCAGUUAGAUGGCUGAAGCUGGCCCAUCGACAAAUAAAGGUUGCACACCCCUGAUCUGGAUGCAUGAACUUGCAUCAUGAAGAAGGAUGCAACUGGUAACCCUUCUGUGAUAGAGACUCACUCACUUUGUCUUUAUUACUGUUAUCGGAUAGACUCAACAGACUUGAGUAGACUCGACCAUAAUUAGCAAGACAACUGUGCUUUUACUAAAGCGUACUGAAAUGAAAAAACCUAAAAUAUUUGCUAAAGGGCAGGUUUUCUCUCUCCGACCUAGAAGUAAAGGAGACUUGUCUCUAAGCGAAGUUAUGUGCACCACUGAAAUGCUAAGACCUACUACCUAUAUAGAAUUAUGAUGGUGCAUUUCUAAACAGGUAAGUUGAUUAUAUUAUUUAUGUGUUCUUUAUGUGUAUGUGAAAAUACUCCUCCCCCCCCCCUCUCUUCCAUCUAUGCCGUGGUGGAUCUGUAGAUAAUUGAGUGAGUGUACAUUAACAAAGAUCAAAGAGGUUUGAAGUAUUGUGUUGAAAACUUGAAAUACAUCUUGCAGUAGAUAAAAAGGAGCUGGAAUUCUAUCUUACCAACAUACAUUUAAAAGUCUGCAUAGAGCUUUAUCUUUCCCUAGUAUAAUCUCUGCUCUUUCUAGAAUCUAUGGUGUUUUACUUGUUAUAUGUUAAUUACCAGAGUUCACUAGAGACGGUAUUGCGUACAUACUUGGUAUGUUUAAACUGUGAUGUGAACAAGUUAAGAGGUGAGCUUUUGUGAGUUAUAUAGAGGAACUUG